AGUUUUUCCGUAAAUAAAUGAGAAAAGUUCGCACUUAGACCAUCGCUCAAAAACCAAAGGAUCUGUCCCUAUCUCCUUCCGCCUUUUGCUUCCAGGUUUCAUUCCCCUUCUCCUUCAUGUGUUCCUCCCAUGCUCCUCGGAUGGGCUUCUGAUCUUUCCAGAUCGGCGCUGUUUUGGUCGCAAAGAAUAUUUGUUGAUUAGGGUUCGUUGCUUUUCUAUUAUCAGGGGGAGUUACGGAAUUAUCUUUGUAGGACAUAGAAUGGUGAUUGGAUUGCAAAGUCUGGAUCUUUCUUGCAUCAAAUGGUAGAGCACGGCAAGCCGCCAGCCACCGCGGCGAUGGCGAUGUCUUUGAAGAACUCGCCGUUCGUGGAGGUAGAAGCUGACGACAUUGGACAGGCGAGCGGGGUGGUGUUUGCAAGGGAAGGACCCCUAGCGCCCAAGAAUGAUCAAGGGUGUAGCGUCAGCCAUGUCCACGGCGAUGUUGAAACACAGGAAUCAGAUGGGUGUGUGCAAAGCCGGGGGAUAGACGAGCAUGGUUGGGUUGACUUUGGGCAUUCGCUGCAGCUCGUGCUGUUCUCGCGGCAGUGGGGCCUUGCUGAGAGCCUCGUUGCUCUAGCAGACCAGCAGUCGAUGCUGGAUUACGGGCUGUCAGUCGCUCUUGAUGCCAUAUGGUUCUUGCGGACAAAGCAGGAUCUUGAGGGGCUCAACCGUCUGAUAUCAAAGAUUGUGGCGUCAGGGGCAAAGGAUUUUGCAAGAGCGAUCCUCAGGACAUCGCUGCUUGCAUCUUGUGUUGCAGCCUGCCAAAGCAAGGCACUCAUUGUGGGUGAUAGCAAGGAAAUCGUUGCUGAGAGAUUACAUGACCGUCUUCGAGAUUGUCCUGGUGCCGACCAUCUAAAAAUCGAGGCAGGUGUCAAAGUGCAGAAGUUUAUGGAAUGGGCUUUGCAGUGUAUUAAUAUGCAUCACUGUUCUGAAGAGACACAAAGGUACAGAUGGAACUACAACACUCUCCAAGAGGUACAACUUCAUUUAUCAGCAUUUAGAGCCUUCUUAGACAUAGCUGGCGACAAUCUCAGUGGCAAGAUUUUCACUGAGGCAUUUGAUGCUGCCUGCUUUCCGCUUACACUCUUCUCAAGUUUAUUUGAACCUGGAUGGUCUUCCGGGAGUUCAGCAGUCUCUAUCAAGGGCCUUUUAUCAUUGCUGGUGGAAGGAGGUGCUGACAAUGUAAAUCAGUGUUUUCUUGAAGCUGCACGCUUUGGAAGUACUGAGCUUGUACGCAUUCUGCUGAAGAUUGCUCAUCAGAAUAGCUUGGCUGUGGAUACUGAACUUGCUCUAGUGUAUGCUUCUCAUUACUGCAAGUUCGACACAAUGGAAUGCUUAGUUGAUGAAGGGAACGCUGGCUCUUUCAUUGGUCCUCUGAUAAAAGCUGCUGAGCGUGGGUGCUUGCAGGUUAUCCACUGGUUUGUCAGUCGAGGUGUUUCUGACAUUGAGAUGUGCCUUGCCCUCACAACCUCUGCUUCUAGUGGCCAUUUUGUGGUUGCCUCAUUCUUGCUUGCACAGAUCCCCCAGAACGUUCUUGAAGCUCUUAGCCAACAGAUUCUCAAAGCUGCAAGGGGCCAGGGUAGCAAGCCGCUUGACGGUGUAGCCUUCCUUCUGAAAUCCAACUUUCUAAGAGACGCUGCUGCCACAUACGAAGCAGCGGACAGCAUGGCAACCGGGGACACCAUUGGUAUGCCCCCAGACCUAGUUGCCUUUCUAAAAGAGCAUUGGUCCAAGAUGGCAUUUGCUGAAGGGGUGAAUGCUGGUGAAGCGCAUUUCGUGAACAUCACAAGGGUUCUCAGGAGAGGGGCAUCCCCAAUCUGCCUACAGGACCUCCCAGUGCAGAUGUUGCUCGGCAUCGCCUACUUGCCACUGUACCGGGCAUGCCUGAGCGCAGGUGGACAGCUGCUGCCACAAAGGCUGAGGGGGGAGCUGGUGGAGGCGGUUAAUCGGCUCGGUGAGCUGGCCAGCAUGGAGAGCCAGGGAAAGGAUCUUGUGCUGGCUUUGGAGCGCCACCUGCCGUCAUUCUUGAUUGGAUCUUGAGAUGUUUCCAAUUGUAAAUAAGCAUCAUAUACUAUGGACUCUGCAUGGAAGGCACUGCCUCGGCAAUAUACAUGCAGGUUCGUUGUAAGAAUGCACGAAGCAGUGUGCAGAUGCCAAGGCAACUUCCAGUGGAGUGGAAGUAGUAAUGUUUUGUUCGAGCUCUUGGGGGCUCUUGGUAUUGUUGACAGUGCGUCACAGCCUGCAUGAUCCUGUAGUACAGAGGAAGUUUUGUUUUUGUUUUCUUUGUUUUUUUGGGGUUUUCUGAAAGAACAGAAGUUUUGUUUCUCGAUUGCCUAUGAGACCUGUCGUGUUUAUGCACCUAUCCAUGGUUGCCAUCCCAGAGGCUCAUGUUGCUGUUAUGCUCAGCUUAUUUGAGCAUCAUAUUGGCCACAUGAGAAAGAAAUAUGUCUGCAAUUUGGUAUAA